CCCCUCCUCCGCACGCCUCCACGGUGGUCCAAAAUCCCCCAAAACCGAACGGAAAGAGGGGGAGGAAAAAGGAAAAGAGCUCUCGCCGUCUCGCCUCUCGCGCACGCAGGCACGCACGACCGAGCCAGCCGCCCAUCCGUCCCGCCGCCGCUCCCUGCAAUCUACAGGCCCCGCUCCUCGCGCUCUCGCUAGGGUUCGGAGGGGGAUCGCCCGGCGAUGGACUGGAGCGCGGUGACGGCGGAGGACCUGGUGGACGCACUGCGGGAGGUGGACUGGUCCACGCCGCCGCGACCCGUGCCGGAGUUCUUCUCCCGCUUCACCGUCCCCCGCUCCUACUCCAAGUGGACCAGCCGCCUCAAGUGCAAUCUCUACUACUACAGGACAAACUACUUCAUUUUGAUCAUGUUCAUCCUUGGGAUAGGCUUCAUUUGGAAGCCGGUUGCUAUACUUGCAGCCUUUAUGACUGGAGUCAGCAUUGCAUUUCUUAAUGACAGCUUUGCAGUCACUUUCAAUGAGAAAGUCACAAGGACUGUCAGACAAUUUUCACCACAUUUAGCUGCAAAAAUGAGACCACCAAUAACACCUGUUCUUCGUGGUCGACCAAGUUCAAAGAGGUCGAUUCAUAUUUGCGGGCGACCUCGGUGGCUAUUUGUGUUGUUAUUUUCUGCAGUUAGUUGCAUGCUUUGGUUGACUUCCUGCAGUCUCCUCACAGUUCUAUGGGCCCUUUUAAUCGCUUUAUUUGCAACUCUGCUUCAUGCCAGCUUCAGAACACCUAAUCUGAAAGCACGUCUGAAUACAUUCAGAGAAGAAUUCCGAGCUGUUUGGAGGAAUUAUAGCGAGCUUUAAGAUCCCUAUGUUCAUGUGGUAAGAAGUGCCUAGUGCUGAAACUUCCCUGCUGUUUGUGGAUUGUGUUUGUGGGAGAUAACGAGAUAUGAACCAUGGUGACAGGCAGCUGCGCUGCAUUGUUACUUGCUCGUUUUGGAGGUGGACCUGGACUGGCUCAGUAGAUGAUGAUGCUACACUUGGUAUGCAGCCUUCCAGGUCACAAUUACUGUUCACUUGGACUUCUCCCUAACCAAACAUUGGAGAAAGAACAGCAUGUAAAGGAUGUAAACAAUAUUCUAACCAACGCAGCAUAUAUUGUUUGUUGAAA